AUGUGGCACAUCCCAGCUCAGUCCCGGACGGGCAACAGCGUAAACAAGAGGCCCAACCGGCAGGAGCUGGUAGGAAAAAACUCUCCCCACCGAAAUUCCAGGGUAAGUACCAGGGGUCGGGAGGUGUUUUAUAUUCAGAGUAAUCAUUCCUAUAUAUUUGAAUUACACAGGCAGAUCAUGUAGACUAUGUUAAGUUAUAUGAACUAGUUUGGGGGGGUCACUUGUAGCACCAUAACCACUACAGCUCAUUGUAAUGGUUACCAUGCUUGGAAGCUUGGGGUUCACUCCCUCCAGUUUUGUGAAGCCUUUUCUGCGAUGGUUGACAUUGAGAACAAAUCUCAUACCAUCUGUGUUGCCCCUGAGAUAAUGUAGACAUUUAAUUUACUCAUCUUCCCAAAUUUGGAUGGCAGUGAUGGGCUAUGAGUGUUGGGUUCGUCAAACCCCAGUGCCUGUCUUUGGAUGCCAGAAGUUUUUGUCACACUACUCACAAACAGUUUUGAGAAAAAAAAAAGGAGGGGCUGCAUUAAAAAUCACUACAAUAAGAUGUAAUAAUAGUAUAAACUGCAAUCAUUCUUAAAGGGACACUUUACUGCCCAAAUGCAAAAUAAAUAAAAACUAUUGUUCAGUAGAUAAUCCGCAAAUAAAAACGUUCAUACAUUUAUUGAAGCAUUUUUUUUUUUUUUUAAAUAACGGUAUAAAUAUAGCUUGCAAACCCUGCAAAUCUCUUGUCUGCAGCCUUCACAAGCCCUUCUCUUCUAACCCCGCCCAGACUCUCUCUGUCUGUCCAAUCACAGACUUCCCAAUACAGCUCAAUAAGAAGUUGUAAGGCAGGAGCUCUGGGUAGUUGCUAACUCUUGAGUUUAUCACCACUGAGCCGAACAAACCAGGAAGAAACAGGAGGGGGGGCUUUUUUUUUUUUUUUUCAAAUUACAAUUUAAACCUGCACUUUUUGUCAAAUGAAAAAAAGGACACUCUCUUCAGAAAGCUUUCAGCAAGCUAAAGUGCUUUGGUCUGGAGUGUCCCUUUAAGUGUAUGGUUUGAGCUAACUGUAUUUAUUUUUUUUUACAAAUAACGUUGCAUUUAAUGAAUCUUCCUUGUAUGCCCUUACAGUAACCACUUGUUUGUUCACUCUCUGCGCAGGGGGAGGCACAUUAUUCCAGCCACUCCAGUAGUAACACAUUAUCCAGCACUGCAUCCAGUAACCACAGUAACCACAGCGAUGAGCGUUGGUUUGACCCUACCGAGCAGCCUGAAGUAGAUAUCGAGCCUCUCUCCAAAGGCACAUCCAAUGACAGUGGCAUCGACACUUCCCUCUCCAACUUUGCCAAUGCCAAAUCUACCCGCCUUACCCCUCGUCGUGAAAAGCCUCAAAAACCUGUGUCCUGUUCAACCUAUCCGGGCAUGCACGACAGUGGCUCAAGGGAUAAAAGGAAGGAGCCAGUGAUGUCUGCCAAGGGAUACAGGCCAAAAAUGUACACCCAAGGGAAUACAGGAGGCGAAGUGUUCAGCCAGUCCAGGUAA